AUGGACUGCAAAGUAUGCAGAUGGAGAGACUUGUCGUCGCCGGAUAUGAGUUGUCCACAGGAUCCAGAAGCUCGGGAAACAGACGCAGGACAGCGAUUCAUCAUCACCAUCAUCAUCACCAUCAUCUUCACAGCCAUUAGCGCCUUCAUCAUCAUCUGUAUAGUCAUAACCACCAUCAUUAUCUACGUCGUCUACAUUGCCUUCAUCGUAACAAGUGUAAUUAUCAUCUACGUCGUCUACAUUGCCUUCAUCGUAACAAGUGUAAUUAUCAUCUGCAUCGUCACCAGCGUCGUCAUCGUCACCAGCAUCAUCAUCAUCACCAGCAUCAUCAUGGUCGUCAGUGCCAUUAUGGGUACCAGCUAUGUUACCAUCACCAGCAUCGUCAUCACCAGCAUCGUCAUCACCAGCAACAUCGUCAUCACCAGCAACAUCGUCAUCACCAGCAACAUUGUCAUCACCAGCAACAUCGUCAUCACCAGCAACAUCGUCAUCACCAGCAACAUCGUCAUCACCAGCAACAUCGUCAUCACCAGCAACAUCGUCAUCACCAGCAACAUCGUCAUCACCAGCAACAUCGUCAUCACCAGCAACAUCGUCAUCACCAGCAACAUCGUCAUCACCAGCAACAUCGUCAUCACCAGCAACAUCGUCAUCACCAGCAACAUCGUCAUCACCAGCAACAUCGUCAUCAGCAACAUCGUCAUCAGCAACAUCGUCAUCAGCAACAUCGUCAUCAACAACAUCGUCAUCAACAACAUCGUCAUCAACAACAUCGUCAUCAAAAUCAGUGCCGUCAUCGUCACCAGUGCCGUCAUCAGCAACAGAGCCUUCAUGUCAUCAGUGCCUUCAUUUUCAUCAGUGCCUUCAUCAAUGCAGGCCGCGCUCGGUCGUGUCGCCACAGCCGCGUGCCGACGUGUGUUCUCCAGCGCGCUGCGGCUCGCUUUCCCUGCCAGCCUACUGCCGUGCCACUGA